AUGAGGGUGGGUUAUUAUGUGAACAACGAUUACGACGAGGAACAGCUGAGAGAAGAGCCCCCAGCAAAGCUAUUGCUUGACAGGGUGCAGAGAAACAUUUUGGCCGACAAGCCCCGUGUCACCAAGUUCCCCAUCAACUUCCACCCUGAACCUGGCACGAGCGCAGAACAGCCGCAGCAGGAUGCAGAACAGCAGCAGCAACCGACUUCACCGGAACCACAGACGGCUCCGGUAGAGCCACAGAUGGCGCCACUAGAGAACGUCACGUGUGACGAGAUUAAGCCCAUUGCCGCCGGCCAAUGA